GGCAGCUGAUAAAAGGGAGAAGAAGGCCAACAUUGAGGGGGUCCGAGUUUUAGAGAGAGAAAGCGAUUCCUAGAGAGAGAAAGCGACGAACCAGAGUUCCCAAGUGCCAUAGCUUGAUCUUCAUCACCAUUGGAGCCCGGCUUGAGCUUGGAGAAGUGUCGAUUAAACGUCCAGGAGCAGAAAUCCAUCUUCACAGUAUGAUUUCCGCGUCUGAAUCUGCUUUUGCUUCUUUCUCUAUGGAGUAGUUCCCACAUUCAUCUGGGUAUGGGGAACCCUAGAUUUGUAUGCUAGGUCUGAUUGUAUGAACCCAAGUACAGAGUUUGUGAAUUGAUUAUAUUCGAUUGAGGUUUGAAUGAUUGAAUGACUUGAAUCCUGAUCAAAUUCCUUUUGUUUCUGCUUUAACCUAGAAUGAGAAUAUCUGCCUAGGUUGAUAGAGUAUCCUUAAUCGAAGGUGGCGAAUUGGUGACUUUAGUCGAGGAGCCAAUUCGCUAUUCUGUACCGAAGUCAAUUCGGUAGUGGAGGUUUGGUUCGUUAGGGCCUCAAUCUGUUUACUCCGGUGGAGGUUAGUCGCCCGCUAGAGACUCAGAUUGAGAGGGUCUGAAGACCUUUAGUCGAGACUUCGGACUAAUCAAGAACCUUCCGCAGUAUAACUUUCAUGAAAACUGAACUUGGUAAAUUGCAAUUCGACUUAACUGCAGUCUAGGAGGAACCAUAUCCGGGUGACCUCUCUUGACUUGACAACAAUCGUUUACUUGCUUUGUGUUUUUGUUUGCUUGAAUUUGCACUAAAAGUUCACUGCUAGAUAACGAGAAUUCACCGAGUAGUCAUCACAUCUAGGAUCCGGGUUGACAAUAAAACCCAAACCCGCUAUACUACACUUUAGGAAGUGGUUACACUUGGCCAUUUUCUAGAGUGACAGUAGGAGUGAGUCAAGUGGCUGUGUCCCAUUAUAACCAAAUCUCGAGCAGGAGUCCUUAUAUUCGCUGACUCUUACAUUGGCCUGAUUGAGUUACUCAUCCAAACUCUUGUCCUUCAAGUGAUGAAGAAGAACGCGAAGAGUUUGUGUCACUGGACUCACUGCAACGAAAAAUGAUCGCCUUUACUCCGAGGUAGAGAGAUGAGCACUAGUGUCGACGGCGCUGUCCACGAGUAGAGAUUUGCCAAUGAGUUUGACAGAGACGGCGAAGUGGAAAUCGAUGACAAGACGGUUCCCAUGGUUAGUCCAUGCUAAUGCUUCCUGGUCCUUUCUGGUUUCAGUUUCUAGCAGUGCAAAAAGAAAAAACACUGGUUUUCUAGCGAGAUCAACACCGUGCAUUAACUACGAUCCUACUUGUGUAUAGUUUCCUUAAAAAAAAUGAUUUGUCAUCUAGAAACAGUGUUAUUCAGUGGGAACAAGUGGCGAACUGUGUACACAUAUCGGCUACCAUCUGGAAGCUGCUGUCAGUUUCUCCCAAAAGUCCAUCGCACAUACGUAUGGCUGCCAACUCAAAGGCAGGCAGCCGCCAUGGAUGCAAAUGAGGUGCUCCCUCCUGCUAGCUAGCCUGAUAUUAUCUGACAACGUGUUCAAAUAAGAGUAGAGUUGGUGGAGUUAGUUCAUCUUACUGGUCUCAUACCCGAUUCAUAUUCAUCUCGUCAUGUUUAAUAAGAUGGGUCUCUCAGUCUGAGUCUUUUUCCCCCCUCAUCAGUGUGUCCAUAACCCUCAACAAUGGAUCAGGAAGAGACAGAAGUACGAUACACCAUCAAGGCUAAGAAGCUUUCCUACAGACUCUCCCGCACAGUAAAUGGUGGUGGCAGCUGGCUUCGAUGGUGGAAGCAACUGAAGCCAAUUGAUGCUGCUGAUGAGUACAUACUGAGGAAUGUUGAAUUUGAAGCCAGAGCAGGUGAAAUCAUGGCCAUUGCUGGUCCAAGUGGUGCUGGUAAGACCACAUUGCUUCAGAUACUCGGCGGCAGCCUGGUUACAGGUUGUUGCCAGGCUUCUUCACGAGUCUCCGGUGAAGUACUCGUGAACGAGAAGCCGAUGAAUGCAUCUUGGUUCCGCAGAAUAUCUGGAUAUGUGACCCAGGAUGAGGCACUCUUCCCACUUCUCACAGUAGAGGAGAUGGUCUUGUACGCAGCUCGGCUCAGGUUAGGUGGAGGGGUCCAACUGGCUCGAGCCAGAGCAGAGAUUCUAUUGAAGGAGCUAGCUCUUGAACGUGUUGCCAGUGGCAGGAUUGGAGAUGAAGCUAGCAGGGGAAUUUCAGGUGGUGAGAAGCGAAGAGUGUCCAUCGCUGUUGAGCUAGUUCAUAACCCUGCUGUUCUUCUCAUUGACGAACCAACCUCCGGUUUGGAUUCUGGAUCGGCUCUUAAUGUGGUUCAGCUGCUUCAGUCCAUGGCUGCAGACCAUGGUAAGACGAUUGUGCUGACCAUCCAUCAGCCUGGGUUUCGUAUCCUCAAGCUGUUCGAUUGGGUUCUGCUGCUGUCGAAUGGAGCUGCUCUGUAUGAAGGGACGCUUGCAUCGCUCGAGGAGCGACUUAUAUCAGCUGGUUGUUGCAUUCCAAGACAUGUGAAUGUGCUGGAGUUCGCCAUUGAUGUGCUGAAAACCUUGAGAAGAGAUGAUGGUGAAAGAAGUGAAGAUCACAGUAGCGAUGAAGACGAGUUAUGUUAUGACGUGCAUAUGAAGAAAACUAGAGUAUCCUACUCCAACGGUCGAUUCACAGAGGUAUGGAUACUUGGACAGAGAUUCUUCAGCAUAAUCUGCAGAACAAAUCAGCUCUUCACCUCCAGAAUGGUACAAGCGCUAGCUGCUGGACUAGUGCUGGGUACCAUAUUCAUGAAUGGAAAGGACGAACCAAAGAGGUACGUGCUCGAAACUCAAGUCGGAUUCUUCGCCUUCAGCCUCACGUUCUUGCUGUCAUCCACAACGGAAGCUCUGCCGAUAUUCUUACAAGAGAGAAGAAUCCUACUGGUGGAGAUCUCAAAGGGAUCAUACAGAGUAUCUUCUUACAUCGUAUCGAAUGCACUCGUGUUCAUUCCUUUCCUGUUCGUCGUGGCUGCGCUGUACAGCCUCCCAUCAUACUGGCUAAUUGGACUGAGAAGAGACAUUGAUGGGUUUCUGUACUUCUUACUAGUGGUAUGGCUGGUGGUGAUGAUGUCAAACUCCAUGGUUGCAUGCUUCAGUGCCUUAGUACGAGAUUUCAUCACAGGGACAUCCUUGAUUGCCUGCUUCAUGGGAUCCUUCUUCCUGUUCUCUGGGUACUUCAUAGCCAAAGACGACAUGCCUGAGAUUUGGGUGUUCAUGCACUACCUGAGCUUGUUUAAGUACCCAUUGGAGUGCUUUAUGAUAAAUGAGUAUGGGGGAGAGCAAGGCAAGAGGAGAUGCUUGGAGUUCGUUGAUGGAAUCUGCUCUCUGGAUGGGCAAGGAUUCUUGAAGCUGCAAGGUCUUAAGGAGUCUCAGAAGUGGAGUAAUAUCGCAGUAAUGUUGUCUUUCAUUUUUGCAUACCGAUUCCUCUGCUUUCUGAUUCUCUUGUAUAGAUCACAGAGAAUGAGGAAUUGAGUUGGAAAUCAAAUCAAAUCUUUGCAUCAUGAUAUUGACAUUUUGUUGGGGUUAAUUGCAUGGUUGGUCAUUGAAAUUACAAAAAAUGUUCAUGUUUGGUCACUCGAAAUAUUUAAAUUCAUUGGUAGUACUUUAGUUUACCGAAACUGUUUACGUUUGGUCACUCUCCGUCCGAUUCCAUUAACUUUGGCUGAUGUGGCAGUCAACUUUCAAAGUUGACCGUUAACUUUGUGACGUGGCAACUAAAAAUUUAUUAAAAAUAAACUUUUAUAUUUUCCACCUCAUUAUUACAUUCAUUAAAAAAAAAAUUCUUUUCUACAAACCCCCUACCCGACCCAACCUCCACCGCCGUCGAGCUCGCCUCCUGUUUCGUUUUCUUCCUCCUCUGUUCCUAACCCAAAAUAGAAGGGGAGGUUGUUGAGAUCCAGCUCGUAGAGUCGCUUCUAGUUCUUGAACGUCCAAGGCACCAUCCCGCAGAACCGGUUCGAAUUGAUGUGGGAAAUUGCUAGAUCUCUCAACAACUCUAGCUCCUCCGACAAGAAUCCGUCGUGCCGCCUCCCUCACUAUCGUUGACGGCUGCCGGUUUGUGCUGGAUGGUGGUAUGGAUUAGAUUGAUGGGGAUGCUGACGGAAAUGAAGGCGGAGGGAGAAGUGGGGGUCGGAUGGUCGUCGAGAUGGUGGUGAAGGUGGUGGUGAUUUGAGGAAGGCGGCGUUCGCCGGUGGAUUUGGAGAGGGCGUACUCAAAGAAGGAAUCACGAUGUUGAGCUAAUUCGGAAGAAGAUGAUUUGGUCAAUGCCCGAUCUCUCCAUGGCUUGCUUCCCCUGUGUUUGUGCAUCCUUUUUCUUUUUUCUGAGUUACGAAUGCCAUUAUCAGGAACCUGCUAAUUACGAUACAUCAUCUCUCGUCGGAUCCCAUGACGAGAUCGAUGAAUCCCAACUCAGCCUUCGUCCUAUACUCCACCUCCCUGGAUUCCUCCGCUCUCUAGCGGCUCUCGCCGCUGCAGACCUUCAACUAGAUCCACCCCUUCUUUUACACCCAAUGCAAGCCCAUUCACGCACGAAUCGAAUCAAAGAAAGUGUUCUAGUCCAAUCAUCUGUUAGAAUUUCACAUUCUGCGAAUAAAUUUUUUGGUUCGUUGUGGCUUUGUUGGUGAGUGAGACAACUGCUCCGGUGAAGACGAGCACGAAGGGUUCACGGCGGAGGAGAUUAGACCACCGCUCCUUCUCGCUUGCCGCGGAUGUGACCGCCUCCCCAGAUGACACCAGCCGGAAAUCUCCAUCAGCUUCAGGCAUUCCAGUUGCGUGACAAUGGAUGAGGGAAUAGACUCUGUCGACGGUGAAGUCCAGCUCCGGUGGCAGCUUCAACGACCGUCGACACCUGCGAAACAAAGGAUUGGAUUGUAUGAUUUGGGUCGGGUCAGAGGGUCACGGGUGGUUGGAUUGGAUUUUUUAUUUUAAUUUUAUGAUGUGGCUAGUUUUGAUGAUGUGGAGGGUCAAAUUUUUUAUUUUGUGUUAAAAUUUGCUUAUUAGGCGUUUCUGUUAGUCAUGUCAGCAAAAAGCUAACGUCGUUAACGAAGGAUGACGGAGACUAACGGAGAGUGACCAAACUUGAACCGUUAAACUGAUUGUAGUGACCAUGAAUGGAUUUAAAUAUUUUUAGUGAUCAAACGUGAACGUUUUUAGUAAUUUCAGUGACUAACCUUGCAAUUUGCCCCAUUUUGUUGCUCGCUAAUAACAUUCUGACUUGUUAUUCGUAGUAUUAAAAUUAAAAAAAAACGCCCUAAACCAUGCGGAAUCGACACUUUUACACUUUCUCCAAUUUCUAACCCUAGUUGAUGGCUGAUGGAGUGGGAGGAGGCAGAACCUACUUUUCAGAAUUUAUAUAUUGAUCUAAUGUUUUAGAUGUCAUUUGGAUCUAUGAAUUCAAGUCAUCAUUUGAUUUUGAAACUAUCAAUUCAAUUCACCAAGCAAUAGAUACAAAAUAUUUGC